GAAGAUAAAUCACGUGACAGCUUAUGAGUCACAGAGAUCCACAAAACGCAGAGAUACAUUAAAGACGCUGCGCUUCCCUGUACCGCUGAAGGCCACUGACGGAAAGGGAAUCAGUGGAAGUCUUCAGCGGCGAAGCUCUCAGUAUGUAAAUGCGCGCAUGUGUCCGGGAGGCUUGCCGGUGGCGAAAGGGUUAAAAACCUUCAUUGGGUGGCAAAGGGGGCUGCUGCCGGCUGCAAAUCUUUUUUGUGUGCCGUUCCGAAAUUCUCCCGCGAUUUCGCCUGCAGCUCUCGCACUCUCAGUACAAAAGAGCAAAAAAAAAAAAAAAGCAUGUUUCAAAACACAUGCGCUCAUUCUUUCUUACAUCCAAUCUGCUCUCCAUUUGCCCCUUUCCCCAAUAGAGAACUUCAGGAGGCUAAAGUCGUUAAGGAGUUAAUAUAUUGAAACCUUUAAAACAAAACAUUUCAGAACUUAUCUAUGAUCAAAGUGUACGUUUUUAAUUUAUUAAUGUGCAAUCUUACUAUGAUUUACAUAAUUAAUUGAAUGAAUUUAAGAAUAACAAAAUGCCAUUGCGUGCUAACAGUUUGGGCUUAAUCGUGUGGUAGUUCACGCGCUCCGACAAUUCAUGAAUGGGGAGAAGAAAAAAAGCAACGUUUCCACAACAGUUUUUUAUGUAUUUAAACCAGAGAAUUUGAGUCAUUACGAGAACGCCAACUAUGCUGAUUUUUUGCCAGAGAGAACGACAACACUAUGCAGAGCAAAUAGUACUUUAAAUAGAGUUAAAUAGCGUUAAUAAGCGGGUUUAUUUCCCAGACCUUGUCACAAAUAACCUAUUUUGCUCGCAGAGUAAACGAUUCAUGUUUUAAAAACACAUUAUUUGCAAUGUCUAGGUUAGUUGAGAAAACACUUUGAUGAAAACGUAAACUUCACUGGUAAAUGUUGUGGCAGUACUUGUAUUCAAUGUUAGUCCGGCUUCCCAAGGUGGUUACUGGUGCGCAUUUAUUAAAUCGAAUUUUGCAUUUACUCCGAAAUAUACCUUGCAGGAUAGAAUAGAUCAGUAUAUUUGUUCAAGCUGUCACAUUAUACACGACUUACAAGCUAGCUCUCGUGAUCAUUAUUUUUGUAAAAGACCGACGUUUUUCUUUAAUGUCCAUCUAAAUAUUCGCGUAUUAACACUGCUGGGUCUAAAGUUGACAGACUUCAACUUGCGCAUACGUUUCUGCACUGACUUGCCGUUGUAACAUAUCUUGUAAAUGCCUUACCAUCUUUGUUUAAACGCAAAUGCCUCGUUCCCUUCAAGACUAGAGUAAUCGAUCUUGGUUUCAGAAUUUCCUGCUGUAAUUUGCGGCUGUGCCUAUUGAUUGUAUUCAUUUCAUUCGCUCACAGUCCUGACGCCGCUCUGUCUGAGGGGGAGUGGUUUCAAGGCGAAAAGAGCGAAAUUCCUCUCUGAUCUACCUUCUUGGGGGUCUGGGGGUGUUUUUUUAUGAAUGAACUGGAUGCCAAUGGCAAAUUAACCACUUUCUUUUUCAGAAAAUGAGGAUUUCCAAACGGUACUCAAGCCAAACAUGUUAAACUUAGUUUUCCUCAUUCAAGGGCAUACUUUUAAACGUGCAUUCAUAGUAUCAAAUAAAAAUAUUAUAAAGUCAGAUUAAUGUUUAUUCAGAAUUCGUUUUAUAUAGUUAUCUGUGGAAAAAACAGCCAAUAAUAUCAUCUAACGAAGAUCAUUUUCCCCCUAUUAAUUUAUUUUAAAGGUGAUUUGCGUUAUUCUUUUAAACCCACCAUUUACAAAUGUGUAGCUGUUCAUGAAAGUAAUUAAAUAGAACUCGCGUUUUAAAUAAAACGCGUUUUCUGUGCAGUAGUUUUUGUGUUCAAGGUCGUAAACCCCCCACCCUCCCUCCUCCCCAUCAAGCGCUUUCUGGUAUUAAAAAAACAUCUUUGGCGCUAUUGUAUUGAGCGGAGAGAGCCGGGGAGGACUCGCCAUUCCUUGUCGAGCUCGCUCGGUCAGAUCGUGGGAAAGGGGCUGCACGUAAAGCAGUUCGUUCUUUGUCACUGUUGUUCUUGUGUAAUUGAUCUCACUGCACGUCGAUGGGCGGAAUACUUCAAAGACGCGCGGCUGUUGGAGGUCGGUCUACAAGCACGCGCUUUCCGUCAGCUUUGCCUCGCUUGUGCCGCUGGACCCGAGGGAAAAAAUAGUUUUCCCCUGGACUUUUUGUGUAAGCGGUUGUAAAUGCAAAUGAUUGCUGUGCACUAGCCCGAAGAAUAGAAGUCGACGCCGUAGUUCUAAGAGUUUUCGUUUUUCUGUUGCAUCAAAUUUACGGAAAGCAAUUUCCGAAAGCCAAGUGCAAAUUCGUCCAGUUAUUUAUUUCUUUAUUUAUACCAGUGCGGAGAAUAUAAAUGUUAUGUGAAAUAGAUACUUUGAAAGCGGAAAAUAAAUUCUCAUGUUUGUAUCGCUUAUGUUUAAUAAUUCUAAGUCAGUAUUUCUACUUUUUCUUUAGCUGUUUUGUUAGAAUAACAACACAUUGCUCUUAUAUAAUCUACAAUUUACCAAGAGUAGGCUAUAUAAACAAAUGUACCAAAUGACUCCGUCCAAAUACGCACACGCUCGAUAGAAGUUAUAUUUACUGUUUUGUAUUUAGGCACUUAGCUGGCGUUCAUAUAGCCUACAGCGCGACUUGCGUAAGAGCGCAUAUUUGUUUGAACGCAAUAAUACAAAAUACAUAACUGUAGCAUAUUUUGGCUACUUUUUUUGGUUGCAAAAUUAGACUAAUUCCCAAUAUGAGUAGCCCUGCGUUGAAGGCUAUUGAAACGAAUCCCCUGUCUUUUAGGUGUAGAUCACACCGCUGACUGCAAUCCCGGAGAGGAGAGGGGUGUCCUUGAAUGAAUACGAACACAUAUUUAUUUUACAGCCGCUUAUGAAAUGCGCGCGCUCUCAGUCUGUCUCUUUAAACUUUCUGGAUCGCAGCCAGAGACAUGAAUGGCGCUGGACACGUGAGUUUGUCUCAAUGUGCUCCGUCCUCUUAGUGCCGCAGAAUUUCUCAUGUUGUCUCUGGCGGCGGUCCAACCGCGUUUUUUUCCGUGGUGCCUCCUCCGUCCUGUAUUUUUCACAACCCCCUCCUAUGCUAUCCACCCAGGGGAAAGGUGUUUUUAACGCCGUCCUCAUUGAAUCCGUGGACUGGUUUCGUGUGGGCUGCGGAGGUGUAUUUAAAUGCCCACUCUCUCUCUCUCUCUUUAAAACCAAAACAUUUUACCCGUAAAGUCUUAAAGCCCCGCAGUUGCUAUUGGUGAGGCACUGGCUCUUUUUUGUAACACGGUGGACAGUUGGUUCUUUUGGUGCACUUUACAAAAUGUCUCGUGCCCAUUUGUACCAAUGAAACCAAAAUUCCAAUCGAUCACUGGCUAAUUUUAUUACUAAAACCACCCCACCCCCUUCCAAAAAAGGAGCACGUGCUACUCCUGAAACACCACCAGGCUCACCUCCCUUUUCCCCCUUUUUUAUUUUUUAAUAUCGCAUAAUUCGCGCUUAUUAAUAUUAUUAAUUUCGUCAUCGUUGUUACCAUUAUUUUUAGUUUCAUUAUUAUCGUUUGAAAUCGGUCCUUUCGUUACAAGAGAAGAUCCCCCUCGCGCUCCGCUCCAGGACAUCCGGUGUGCAGAAUCAGACGGUGUUUUAGAGUUGGAAGGUGCAGGAGAUUACAAUUUGGUGCAAGCCACGAUGAGCACGCGGGGAGAAGAAACCGGCGAACCAUCAGGGUCCCAGGAAGAGCCAGGAACGACACCGACUGCAAAGAGAGGACCGGGCCGACCGAGGAAGCCGCAGCAAGAGCCGACCGGAGAGCCUGUCCCGAAACGACCGAGGGGGCGACCGAAGGGGAGCAAGAACAAGGGCCCGUCCAAAGCGGCACAGAAGAAAGCAGAGGGAACGGGAGAGAAGAGACCAAGGGGAAGACCAAGAAAAUGGCCACAGCAAGUAGUCCAGGAAAAGCCUGCUCAGGAAGAGGAAGAGGAGGAAGAAGCUGAGGAGUCUGCGGAGGAAGAUUGAGUACCCGUGGCAUUUUACCUCUACCUCAUUCAGCUGUCUGGUCUUUCCAAGGGAAGAGACACUGCCUUGACCACUUAUUUUUCGACUUCUAUGGUCUUUCCACUUUUACUUUUGGUGUAAUUUUAUUUUAUUUUAUUUUUAAAUCUGGGAUAAUCGCACACGUAUAACCUCAGAACACAAACCGCAAAAAAACUCCAGCCGAAUGGACAGGCAGAACCUCACCUUUCUCUCUUUCUUCCUCUCUCUUCUUUUUCUAAACGACGAGUAGACACUGCUGUAAGAGGUGUGAGAGGCUAGACGCACAAAAUGUCCCCCCCCCCCAGACCCCUCAUCUGCUAGUACAGUUCUCCAGGCUAAUGCGACCAGGGCAAGCGAGAAGCUCAAAGACUGCUCCUGUCGCUGAGAAACUCAGAGUAUUUGACUGGGUUUCCUCGACCAGAUAAAGACCCUGAAGCAGAAUCUCUGCCCCCCCCCAGUCACAGACCACCAAAGACAAGGGAGAUACUGCCUGCAUGCCCACCUCUGUCCCACUCACCUGCUGAACACACCUGCGGAACACACACACUCUUCCUCAUGCACUCUUCCUCAGUGUUGCUAAACAGGCUCCAUCAGAAGAUAGAAUAUGUGCUGCAGCUUUGGUGAACUCGGCAAUUCUGCUUUUCACCGCCAUUUUAUUUGCCAAUGGAGAGAGAGAGCAAGUUCAUAAAACAAAUGAACAAACAUGCACCGAUCCCCCUCAUGGGUUCUGGGGAAAGAGUAACAAACCAAAAUAACAGAGAAGAUAAACCAAACGCAACAAAAGCUCUUCAGCUCCUCAGCUCCUCAGCCAGGUUGCCGUCUCUCAGACUCUCUCUCUCUCUCUGGACGGGCUCCCCUUCUCAGUCUCUGCCAUGCAGAAUGCGCAUGCUCGUAAGCCCUGAGCUGAUUGGCCAGCACAGCCCAGCUGUGUGUGCUUACUCCACUAGUGGGUGUGGUCCCAGGUCACCACAGCAGGACAAGCGUUUUUUAUCUCAGUCAUACAUGCGUGUAACAAUUCCCUAUAUUAAUUAUGAAAAAGAUAAUUAGUGCCCUUUAUGCAAAGGGAAGGCUUUCUAUAAAUUUUUAAUUGUCUAGAUGUAAAUCUGCCCCAAGACCUACCCUCUCCCUAUCUGCCCCUACUGUAGAUCCACCCCCUCUAUUUGCCCCAACUGUAGGUCUGGGGGACUGUGCGCUAGAAACCAAACUGUGUGAGGAACUUCCAGUUGUAGUGUCUGAAAGUGUGAAAUACAGCUACCCAUAUUAAAAAUGAACAUUACUCCGAUAGAAGAAGAUUAGCUUUACUAUAUCAUUGCUUUAAAAAUGCAAUGAGGUCUCGUAUUUCAAGAUUUUACUGAAUUACGCUUCGACUCUUCAUAUUGCUGUUUCUAUUAAUGUGUGUGCCCAUUUUAAACACAGCUUAAAAUGGCAAAAUGGGUAUUUUAAAAAAUAGCCACUGAUCCUGCUUUGGCAAGUUAAAAUGGCUGCCCUGUUUCAGUGAGUAUUGGCUCCUUCCUGAUGCCCUGCUUUUUACAGGAGUAUGACCUGGGCCCAAUGCUGGGCCCAAACUGGGAUUUAGCUUCCUUCUCUUCUACAGCGGCUUACCAGGGCAAACAAAGCUAAAUCUACACAGCACUAUGACAUUACAUUACAUCUUUAGGAGCCGCUGGGUAUGGCAGUUUCUCGUGUGGUUUUAAUUUUUCUGCGCCAUUUCCUGGAUGACGUAUAUCUCAGAACGUAAACACUGACGGAUACUCUGCAGUUUAUAUGCACAAAGCUUUUACAAAUGUAUGCUUGUGAUCAGUAGAAUAUAGUUCUUUUUCCCUGUCUCAACACAUUUCAAAUUAUUCACUAUAUUUCUCUCUCUCUCCUCUCUUUGGUGGGCUGAACUGAUUAGUGUACAUUUUCAAAGCAUUUUAUUGUUCAGGAAAUUAUUCAGCUGAACAGGUUUUUUUAAAAAGCAGCUAGCUACUGUAUCUCAUUUUUUUAACAAUGAUGUCUACUUAACCAACUAAUCUGUACAUAAAAUAUUAGCUUUUUUUUACUACAUAGCUUUAAACAUGACUUUCUCCCACCUGAUUUAAAGGGAACCUCAAACCUCAUCACUCACCUUUGCAAGAACAAAACUACCGUUUACCUCAAGACACACAAUACCUGAGCUCAUUGAUGGAGCCCCAAAGGACGGCUCACCUCUUAGGAUACUCCAGAAAUCCAAUAUUUUACCGUUUCUGAGUAAAUGCCUCAUUGACGCCAGCACUUUCCAGUCGCUGAUGCAAUAUCUCACUAUUCCAAACUACCUCUGAUUUCCGUGACCAGUGAACCACCUUGAGAAGCUCAUGCUGCUAUUCAUACACCAGUGCAGGAGACCACAGCGGCCGGCCAGCUAACACACCUCUCACUGUUUUGCAGUAACGCUGCGGCAGAGUCAGUGCCUGUAACGACACACAGCAGCGUUCUGAGGGCUUUGUGUUAGCUGGACCAGGUAACGACUGAAAUCCGAGGUCUGUGUUUUUUUCUUUAAAAAAAAAAAAAAUGUAUAACUGACAAGCAGCUAAGGGAACAAGUUCUGUUUCUUUUGUUAUUAUUUUAUAUUUCUCUUUUGCGUUAGCAUUACUUUAUUCUUAACAUUUAACAGGACACUUUCCUUCCUCUCUGCAAAUUAGAAUUUCUGUAUGACAUUGUUAACUUGAAUAUAUUUUUGUACUGAUUUAAUCAAUGGUAUCUUAAGGAUCAAGUGCUUGUAAGACACGACAUGAUAUAAUUUCAACUGUUCCUUUUUUGUCUUUGGAAUUAUUUACUGUCCUUAUUUGUACCUCAAACAAACUGUUUAAAAAAUUGACGAAUGAUCAAUGGAUAAAGACCUACCUCCAGUCUGGAAAAGGA